GCUAGUAACUUCCCUCAAAAGCCUCAAUAUUUUGUCCAGGGCUCCUCGUCUUCAAAGAAAGCAGAGGGAAACAAACCUUUGCUUUCUUAUAAUGACGAACCCUCAAGAGGAAGAACAGCAAGGAAGAACGAGGAACCCUGAAGGACUGUCACUUGAUGAGAAUGGCUUCUUGGACACAAACGUUACGGAUGAUGAUGCACCAGGGGCCUCUCCUGUGAGCAGGGUUAUUGAGGACGAAAAGAAUUCGGAUUGCACAGAGGCUCUGCUCAGAGGCCCUUCCCUGCCAGAAGAUCUACUCACAGGGAUGGUGAGCCAGUGUACUUUGGUUGAUUCUGGCGAUCACAAUCCCACGAUAGAGGACGCUUGGGAAAAUCUUCGGCGCUCGCUCGUUUAUUUUCACGGCCGCCCCGUUGGCUGCAUUGCUGCACUCGAUUCCAACGAAGAAGCUCUCAAUUAUAACCAGGUUUUUGUGAGAGAUUUUGUGCCGGCCGCUUUGGCUUUUAUGAUGAACGGCGAGCAUGAAAUAGUGAAGAACUUUCUGCUGAAAACGCUUUAUCUUCAAGGGUGGGAGAAACGAAUAGACUGUUUUACCCUGGGAAAGGGCGUGAUGCCUGCUUCAUUCAAGGUUCUUCACGAUCCCCUGAGAGACACUGAAACUCUUAUUGCAGAUUUUGGCGAGAGCGCCAUUGGGAGAGUAGCGCCGGUGGACUCUGGCUUCUGGUGGAUUAUUCUUCUCCGCGCUUAUACAAAGUCCACAGGAGACCAUUCCCUGGCCGACAUGCCUGAGAUCCAGCGUGGAAUGAGGCUUAUUUUGAGCCUAUGUUUGUCAGAGGGUUUCGACACCUUCCCCACGCUGCUGUGCGCUGAUGGCUGCAGCAUGAUUGACAGAAGGAUGGGAAUUUAUGGCUAUCCGAUCGAAAUCCAGGCGUUAUUUUUUAUGGCACUUCGAUGUGCAGGCAAGAUGCUGAAGCCUGAAAGCGGAGGCAAAGAAUUCAUGGAGCGGAUCGACAAGCGUGUGCAUGCCUUGAGCUACCAUUUGAGGACCUAUUUUUGGCUUGACUUCAACCAGCUUAACAGCAUUUACCGUUACAAGACGGAGGAAUAUUCGCACACUGCUGUCAAUAAGUUUAACGUCAUUCCUGACUCCAUUCCCGAAUGGGUCUUCGAUUUCAUGACUAUGAAAGGUGGUUAUUUCAUUGGAAAUGUGAGCCCGGCCAGAAUGGACUUUCGGUGGUUUUGUCUGGGAAACUGCGUGGCGAUUUUGAGCUCUCUGGCCACGCCUGAGCAAGCCUGUGCCAUUAUGGACUUGCUGGAAGAAAGAUGGGAAGACCUGAUCGGAGACAUGCCUCUCAAGAUCGCUUAUCCUGCACUCGAGGGCCACGAUUGGCGUAUUGUCACAGGCUGUGAUCCCAAGAAUACUAGGUGGAGCUACCACAACGGUGGCUCUUGGCCAGUACUGCUAUGGCUGUUGACAGCUGCAUGUAUAAAGUCAGGGAGACCACAGAUAGCGAGGAGGGCGAUAGAUCUGGUGGAGCAGAGGCUGUCAAAGGAUGGGUGGCCGGAAUACUACGAUGGGAAGCUGGGAAGAUAUGUGGGGAAACAGGCAAGGAAGUUGCAGACGUGGACGAUUGCUGGAUAUUUGGUGUCGAAGCUGAUGCUGGAGGAUCCCUCCCAUCUGGGUAUGAUUUCAUUAGAGGAGGAUCGCAAGAUGAUGAAACCUCGCCUAACACGAUCAGUUUCUUGGAAUUGUUAGAUUUUUCUUGGACUUUUGUGCAAUUCCACGAUUUGUUUACCAAACGCCUCAGGUUUUUCACACUUUUUCAGUUUAAACGACCCUCUCCCUGAUCAGUAAGAUUGAACCAUUUCUUACAAUCAUUACAAUACUAUACCCAGCAGCCGAUCUGAUAUGCCUUGGAACUUGGAGUCACACACUCUUCACGUUGAACGAGAAAAUUAGAGUCAUGUGUUUUGUUAUAACGUUUCUAAACAAGUGUUCGAUUUUUGUGCGAGCCCAUUAAUCUAAUUUAAUAUAAUAAGAAUUCCCAAAGAAAA